GGCCUCGUACCAUGUACACCAAGUACCUCAUGUUCCUUGCUCCUCUGCUUCUGGCCUUCGUCACCGACGCGGCAUCUGUUCCCACCACCCGAAACUGUUGGGAACCGGGUAGUUAUGACGGGUGCCCUCGAUCAGGUCAGUAUGGGUGCAUGUCAGUGACGAUAAUAGGCACUUACAUGACGUUUAGUGGAUGUCGAAGCCGACGAGUACACCACCAAAGACGUUGAAGUCGUCGAUGUGCAAGGUUGACCAUAAGCUCGCUCCCCGGCAGUCGG